ACUUAUUUAACAACUGCUUAUCAGUUUUGUUUUCCGGCCUGCCGGAAAACGGCAUCUAUUAUCCUUAUUUCCAAAAAUUCUGAAGAGCAAUCUGACUCGUCUAACUACCAUUAGUCUUCUUACUAUCAUAAGCAAGCAUUUUACUUAGAUUAAUUACAAAAAUGAGUGCAGUUAAUAUGAAUUCACUAGCUGAACUAGAAGUGGAAAUGAUGUCUGAUAUGUAUAACAGAUUAACUGCCGCAUGUCAUAAAAAAUGUAUUGCUACUAAAUACAAAGAGCCAGAAUUAACAAAAGGUGAAUCUAUUUGUUUAGAUAGAUGUGUUGCUAAAUAUCUUGAUAUUCAUGAACGAAUCGGCAAAAAAUUAACUGCAAUGUCAUUACAAGAUGAACAGCUAAUGCAGAAAAUGCAACAACAACAAUAGAAAAAUGUUUGAACCACUGAGUUUAACAAAUUUGAUGCAGAUUAAGGAA